AUGGGAUCCUCGUAUUCUAAGUCAAAUGGCGGCGAACUCGAAGUUUUCCUGAACAAGCGACGUGGCAGCGUAUGUUUACAGUCCACGGGCGGGAAAUGCACACAGGGGAAAGAUCAGCCGAAUAUUGGCUUGUUUGUUCAAAGCGUUAGCCUGAACUUUAUCUCCUGUUUCAGUCGAUUUCUUCGCAGUUUCAAGCAAGAGACUCUUUUCUCUCACUCUCCAAACAGCCAAUUAGCGGGCGAUCCCUGGAGACAAUUCUUGAUUCACUCCACUAUGAAAUUAGCGGUGUGUUGAGGUUCGGUUGCCAAAACAACAGCCACUUCGCUACCUUACUCUCCUCUCACAACCCUUUUCCUGCCUUUCAAUCCUCGCCGUUUUACAGAUGACGUCAACUGACAAGAACGUGUCCGUCUUGCUGGGUGCUCAAUGGGGAGACGAGGGAAAAGGAAAAAUCAUCGACUAUCUGAUCGAAAACCAUAAGAUCAACGUGACGGCUAGAUGCCAAGGAGGAAACAAUGCCGGACACACGGUGGUGGCGAACGGACGGAAGUACGACUUCCACAUUCUGCCGAGUGGAAUCAUCAGUCCGACAUGCUUCAACGUCAUCGGAAACGGAGUUGUCGUCAACUUGGACGCCUUCUUCUCCGAGUUGGCCCACAAUGGAAUCCUCUCCGAUCCGGGAUGGGAGAAAAGAAUCAUGAUCUCGAGCGAGGCGCAUCUCGUCUUCGGAGUCCAUUCGCAAGUCGACGGACGCCAGGAAGAUUCGCUGGCUGCCAAGAAGUAAGCAAUCGUCAAAAAACACAAUGCAAUCUGUUUUUACAGCAAGAUCGGAACGACCAACCGCGGAAUUGGCCCAACGUACAGCUCGAAAUGCUUCAGAAAUGGAAUCCGCGUGGCUGAUUUGAUGGCCGACUUCGACGAGUUCUCCGAGAAAUACCGCCGUCUCGUCGAGCACUACAAGAAGCAGUUCCCUUCGAUCGAAGUGAACGUUGACGAGGAACUCGCUAAGUUUAAGACGCAUCGCGAAAAGUUGGCCGAGCUCAAGCUCGUCGGAGACACCGUUGGAUUCAUCCACGAUCAACGCAAGGCUGGAAGCAAGUGCUCAUCGAGGGAGCCAACGGAGCUCUGUUAGAUAUCGAUUUUGGAACAUAUCCAUACGUGACGUCGUCGAAUUCGACCGUCGGAGGAGCGUGCACGGGACUCGGAGUGCCACCGACCGCCAUCGGAAGCGUCAUCGGAGUGGUGAAGGCGUAUCAAACUCGUGUCGGAACGGGACCGUUCCCCACUGAGCUCUUUGAUUCGGACGGUGACAAACUGCAACAAAUUGGAAAGGAAGUAGGAGUGACGACCGGUAGAAAACGCCGUUGCGGGUGGAUCGAUCUGUUCCUGCUCCGUCGUUCGGCAAUCAUCAAUGGAUACACGGCGAUCGCGCUCACGAAGCUCGACAUUCUCGACACUUUCCCGGUGAGAGUUCCCUUUUGAUUUUUCGUCGCAGUGUAAAGUGAAAGCCUGUGAUGUCAUUGGGAGAAGGGAAAGAGACGAGAAAAGCACAUGACGAGUGUGUAUAUACUAUGUUUUCGGUUUUCAGACUAUCAGAGUUGCCGUCGGAUACAAGCUGAAUGGAGAGGUGCUGACUGCUCCGCCAGGUAAACAACGCUUUCAGAAAGCAUGUAAUUACAUAGAUCGAUAGUUUUAGCUCAAGCUAACGCAUGGGGAGCUAUUGAAGUCGAAUACAAGGAAUUCGAGGGAUGGAAUCAGCCAACCGUCGGAAUCCGAAAGUUCGAGGAUCUGCCGGAGAAGUGCAGGCAAUACAUUCAAUUUAUUGAGGAUUUCAUCAAGGUAAGGAACAAACCGAGGGAACAGAACAGAAAAUGUGGCGGCAACAGAAAAACAGCUGUUGGAGGUGUCAUUAGCUUGGCUUCUGUCGGUCCGCCAUUGCCAGUGACUGUCGAUCGAUUAAUGGUGGUGUCAUUGCAGGUGCCAAUCGUGUACAUUGGAGUCGGAGCGGAGCGUGAGUCGCUCAUCGUCAGACAGUGAGCAUAUCGACAAACGACACCGUUCUCUUCAACGAUUCCAUAUUUUUCUGUGCCUUUUUUGCACUCGAAUUGGCGUGUUUCUCAGGGACUUCUCCUACACGCGACGACAAUUUCUAUGCUUUUCUCACCUCCAAAUAUCUUUGUUCUCAUUAUUAUAGGGGCACCGGACAGAAAGUGCGCGCUGUUCGCAAUCUGGCCGAAUUUCUAGGCCGCGAAGUAAUUUUCUACUGAAAAUGUGGCCUAACUUUUCAAACUCGGCCCCGAGGUCGCUCAAUUUGCACUGCUAAAAGAGUUUCUCAACAGAGCGCCAUUUCUGUGCGGUGCCCCUGUAAUCUUUCCAGCAUAAUAAUCUCGGUUUCUAGAAUGUAUUUUUGGCACUCUGUUCUCUUUUCCCCCUUCUUCUGUUAGUUGUCGUUUUGCAGUUACCGCCUACCGGUUUCAAGGUCGUCUGUUCUUUGUUGUUUUGUCCCUUUCUCUUUCUCUUCCUCUCUCUCUCUCUCUCUCUCUCUCUCUUUUGUCGUAUGAAUUUGAAAAUGUUGACUUUUCUUCGGCACUGUAUGUCUUUUCGCCUGGUUCCUGGCUCCAUCGCUGAUUUCUUUUAGCAUCAGAAUACACGAAAGAGGGUGCAUGCGAUAUUGUAGACGAUGAAAGACGGAGAAGAAGAAGGAACGACGGAAAGGAACGAUGAAGAUAAGGAGAAUCUCGAAGACUCGAGGGCAGAGACAUCAAUGUCAAACUCGACUUUCACUCCAGCACCGGGACGGUAAUCGAUUCGAAAAGGUGGAAAUUCGAGAAAUUGCAUUGAUUGUAGCGUGGACAAUAAAGAGGCCGAAGUGGACGCCGACGGACUGCUCGAUCUUUCCCGCUUAUCGCUGACGAAUCUGUCGAGGCAUUUGAGUGAACAGUACGCGAAAGUGCGGCAUUUGGAUGUGAGCGGCAACGAUCUCACCACGUUCGCCUACAUGAAACUGUUCGCAAAAUGCGAAAUUGUAAGGGAGAAAAUGAAAAUUUUUGAGGGAAAUUGAAAAUUUUCAGCUAGACGCUCGUGAUUGUCGAAUCAACAAAUUCGUGUCGGAUUUCAAUUAUAACCUGUGAGUUCAGCGGAAAUUUUUCAAAGAAUUAUUCAUGAAGGCGAGAAGAUUUCAGAAAAGAGUUAUACCUGGCUAGGAAUCAUUUGAAACAGGCUUCUCAAAUGGGCAGAUUCGAAAAUCUGACCGUCCUCGAUUUGUCCUACAAUCAUAUUGAGGUUUCGCAGAGGACGAAUUCGGCGGUAUAAGUUUGUUUUCAGGAAAAUGUGACUCUUUCGUUCAAGCAACUCGAAGUUCUCGACCUGAGCGAAAAUCAUCUCAGCCAACUGCCCGAUCUCAGCAAAUGUCCCCAGCUCCGUUCUCUCAACUUAUCCGGAAACAAAAUAACCGAUCUCAAUGUAACCCGCUUUUCAUUCCCUUUCUAUUCCAAUUAUUUCGUUUCAGAUGCUCUUCGCAAUGAUCUGCACCGCCCAUCUCACUCACUUUUCCAUUGCCUCCAAUUUAAUCGACGAUCUCUCCCAAUUCUCACUUCUUUCCGCAUUUAAACAACUCACGCACCUGUACAUAUCCAACAAUCCGUGCAUCACCGAUGUGCUCGACGAUCAAAAGUUCGACUAUCGAUCCUACAUCAUCGCGUGUUGCUCGGAAAAUCUGGAGAAGAUUGACGAUGAAGAGAUUGAAGACCGAGUGAGAACGGAAGGCGAAUGGCUUGCGAUACAAGGCGGAAUCCGCAAGAUCGGACCCGGCAAUCAUAGAAAACUAUGCGAUCAGAUUGCGUCUCACUUCCCGAAAAGCGACGACGCACCGCCGACGCCCGCUCAGAAGUCGUGCCACAAAGCGCUGGAGAAGAGGAAGAGCUCUCAGAUCGAUUCGGAUCGAACUGUCAACUCGAUAUACUCUCCGUUUCGGGAAUGGAACGGAAAAAUAGAGGGACGAGGGAAACGACAGGAGGCGGACGGAAUGGUGACUCCCACGAAGAGGGCCGAUCAGAGUAACAUGAGGAUGUGCUCCCCUCCAGAAGCACGCAAGAACAGAUCGUUCACAUUCAGAAGUACACACCUUAUUUCACUAUUUCUCUGAUAUUAUCCGUUUCCAGAUGACAACUCGCCCGGCUCGCUCGAUCUUCCGUACCCGCGCCCACUGAACUACUCGCGAACCAACUCGACAGACACCGUAAUCCUCUCCUCCCGCACUGAAACAUCUCUGUCGUUGGACGGAAGAAGCGAGAUCACUCCCCUUCCAGUCAUAGAGGACCCACCCCGCAACAGAGGAGAACGCCUUCCGUUUCGACUGCACAGCUCAGAUCGCCAAGUGUUGCCGACGUUUCGAUUGUGCUCGAUCCGAAUGAAGAUCUCCCCAGAACAGUCCGUCUACUGGAGCAGCAAGUCACCGAAUUGGGCAGACAAAAUGACAACCUGACAGAGCUGAACAACGGACUCGUCGAGAUGCUUGAACAGUUCAGAAACGAGCAAAAGAUGAUGUGGGCAGCAAUCCGCGGAUCGAUCCCGAAGCCGCAUAACAUAUCGUCGUCACUGCUCGCAGAAGACGAAGACGGUCUCCAGACGCACGUCGUCCGAUGGGAAGUUCCAGCCGUUAUGGGAUACGAAAUCCACGUGGACGGCAAUUCGUGCGGACAAGUCGUCGGGAAAAACAACUCGGCCAGAAUAACCGAUCUCGACUCCUCCAAACCGCACGUUGUUCAAAUACAGGUUCGUCUCCGUUCCUUAUCAGCUUCUUAUCAGACUGUGCUCUUUCAGGCGAUCGGACUGAACGGAGAGCGUGGCGAGAUAUCGAAGGAGCUGCACAUCCAACCACACUGA